AUGCCGCACGCAAAAGUGCCCUCGAUCAGCGUCUCCAACGAUUCUCCAGACAGACAAGGCUCGGAUGCUCGUGGCCGCACGAUGAGUGACGAAGGACUUGCGCCUGUGACUGCCAGCGACUUGCAGAGGAGCCUCUCUCGUGACUCUAGUCGGGGCCGAACGAGCACCAAGGACAAGAUAAAGGGGAUGUUCAGUCGAUCGAGAUCACCCUCGCCCUAUGCUCGCUCACAGCCUCGAUCGCCUUCGCCCAAGCGGUUGGGCUCGGGCAGCUCGGCAGAGCGUCUGGCUGCGAGCGAGUCCGAGCAGCUCAGUGACUCUGAUGAGGACGCAAAGGGAAAGCGAAAGAUCGGCGGGAUAGUACCCAGCAAUGCCUUUGUGGAUAGCGAUGAUGACCUCACGCUCGUCGAGGAUGACUCGCUCGACGUGGACGACGACGACGACGAUGAGCUCGACCAUGCGCUCUUGGCGAACACAGAGGCCAACAUGGCUUCUUACUCGGACGCAUCGUCUUUCUUGGCCGCUUCUCAGCCCUCGCUCGUGCCAGAACCAGGCUACAGCAUGACAUUCGAGGGCGAGGGACCCAACCUCGUCUCCCAUGGCACUGCGCCCCUUCAGAGCAAACCAUCUGUCGACAAGUUCGCAGACGGUCGACCCAAGCCUCGUCGUCAGCGCACGCUCUUGCGCGAGGGACACGCAGAAGUGAAACAGUCUCGACCGGAGUUCAAGCGCAACAGAUGCUCCAUCGUGCUCACGCAUGGAGACUUCGAACAAGCGCAGGAGGACUCGAAACGACCGAGGCUCUACCUUGUCGCGUCUGAUCUGUCUGUCGAGUCGGAAUAUGCCAUCGAAUGGGCAAUCGGCACAGUCUUGCGCAACGGUGACGAGUGCAUGAUCGUGUCAGUCAUAGAGACAGAGUCAAAGCUCGAUAGCGAGAAUCAGUCAGACAAGACCCACAAGAUUCGCUGCCAGCAGGACAGACAGCGACAGGCACUCAAGCUUGCAAAGAUUGCUACCAGCCUGCUCGAGCGCACACGAUUGAACGUGCAGAUCACAUGCCAGGCUGUGCAUGCGAAGAACAGUCGGCAUAUGCUCAUCGACAUGAUUGACUUCCUCGAGCCUACAAUGGUGAUCAUCGGUUCGCGAGGACUGGCGAAGCUCAAGGGCAUGUUGCUUGGCUCUGUCUCAAACUAUCUCAUCCAGAAAAGCUCUGUACCCGUCAUGGUCGCAAGGCGACGGCUCAGGCGGCCUCAGGUGGUCCACAAGAAGAUGUCGACGCUCAACCAUCAGGCCCGAGUUUCGCUUGCAGAGGCUCAAGUCGAGAAGGACGCCAACACGGGCACAGUGACAUCUCAAUCAGACGCAGAGGCCGAAGAAGCCUCUGCUCGUCCGAGCGAAGAAGGCGGAAUGUACGAAGCCGAGCUGAGUGAGAACGUCUCGUCAGUCUCGCUCGAGGGAGCUCGUUAG